AUGGUUCAUGAUCAAGAUUAUGAUCUUUCAGAUAGCGAUGAUGAAAGAAUGGAAGAUGCUUACGAUGAAGAAUUGAACAUGGCUCAAUUCAGAGUGAAUAAAGCCGAUGAAGAAAAGAAAUCAAUUCAAAAGCAACAGGAGCUGGAAGAAGCAGCACUUUACUACGAACCUAUUGACCCUACAAAAGAAGGUGUUUAUCAUGUCAAGUCUUUUGAUGCAAACACUGAAAAGUGGAGAUGGAAGGUUGAUUUCUCAACAUUGCCUGCAAAGCAUUACUCACCGGAAUUUACGGCGGGUCCUCACAAGUUUAGAUUACUUGUCUUUCCGCACGGUAACAAUGUCAAUUUUGUGAGCGUAUAUUUGGAUACUUGCCAAUCCACUGAUGUAAAGCUUGUACGAUUCCAAAUCACUAUUUUGAAUCAAAAGGACAUUAGAGAAUCAUUUUCACAAGAGGCUGAAAAGAAAUUUGGACCUGCUGAUAAUGAUUGGGGUUUUAAGGAAUUUUUAGAUCUCAAACGACUCAAUAGCGAUACAGGUUUUAAGGUCGAUAAUAUUGUAUAUUUCGAAAUGGUUGUCCAUAUCUGUACUCAACCAUACUUGGUUGAUCCAAUCUCUUACGAUUCAAGAAAGGAGACAGGAUUUGUUGGUUUGCAAAAUCAAGGAGCUACAUGCUAUAUGAACUCACUUUUACAAACGUUGUACCUUUUAACUUAUUUCAGAAAAGCUGUCUACAAGAUGCCUAUCGAUGAGAAUGAGAAACCACAGGAUAGUAUUCCACUUGCUUUGAUGAGAGUUUUUUAUAGAUUGCAAUUUGAUAAAACUGCUGUCGAUACAAAAGAGUUAACUAAAUCAUUUGGAUGGGAUACAAUCGAUUCUUUUUUGCAACAUGAUGUCCAAGAGCUGGCAAGAGUAUUAAUUGACAAUUUGGAAAAGAAAAUGGAAAAGACCGAUCAAAAAGAGGUGAUGAGACAAUUGUUUGAAGGAAUGUGCAAAAAUUAUAUCAAGUGCAUUAAUGUUGACUAUGAAUCAUCAAGAAAAGAACCAUUCUAUGAUUUGCAACUCAACGUCAAAGGAUGUAGAAAUGUCUAUGAAUCCUUUGAUCAAUAUAUCUUGGAGGAAACUCUACAGGGAGAGAAUCAGUAUCAAGCCGAAGGUUUUGGAUUGCAAGAUGCCAAAAAGGGAACAAUAUUUUUGAAAUUUCCACCAGUACUAAUGCUUCACUUGAAGAGAUUUGAAUAUGAUUUCCAAAGAGAUCUCAUGUACAAGAUUAACGAUCGAUAUGAAUUUCCACCAGAAAUUGAUUUAGGGAAGUAUUUAAGCGAGGACUCUGAACAAAAGAAGGAAGACAAUACUUUUGUAUUGUUUGCCGUUCUUGUCCACAGUGGAGACGUGUCAGGAGGUCACUACUACAACUUUGCGAAGCCAUUUGUAAACCAAGAGCGCUGGUUCAAGUUUGAUGACGAGAAGGUUUAUGAGGUCAAUGAAAAUCUUGCUGUUCAUGAUAACUAUGGAGGGGAAGUUAAGAAGAGCAAAUUUUUCUGGUUGAAUUCCAACACAAACUCCAUCUACAAAAAGUUUACCAAUGCCUACAUGUUGCUUUAUAUUAGAAAAUCUCAAAUUACUCAAAUGCUCUCUCCCGUUGAAGCUGAAGAUAUUCCACAACACUUGGAGGAAAGAUUCCAAAAGGACAGAGAUGAAAAGGAAAGAAAGAAGAGAGAAAAGCUUGAGGCCGCCAAGUAUUGCAACGUAAAAAUUGUGAGAGACGAAAACAUCAAACAAUCAGUCGAGAAACAUGGAACAGGUCUCACAGAUAUUGAUGAAGUUGACCCAAUCAAAUUCCUAAAAGAAGGCACUUUUGGAGAAUUGAAAGAACGUCUUCAUUUCAUUUAUGGAAUCAAACCGGAAUGUCAAAGAUUUUGGAGAUGGACCAAGAGACAAAAUCAUACAUAUCGUCCUGGUGAUCUUCCAAUGAAAAUUACUGACGACGAGGUUUCUUUGGAGAGAAGAUAUCCGCAAAUCAAACAACUGGGGGGCUGUGUAGAGUUAUAUCUUGAAGUCGCCAAUGAGCCAUUUGGUGUUGUGAAGAAUGAAGAAGAGGUUGAACACACUCUCUGGUUCCCUGAACCUUUCAGCAAAUAUUUACUACUUUUUAUCAAGGAAUACGAUCCACAACAAAAGAAACUUAUUUAUCGUAAAUCAGUGUAUGCAGAAGUUAACCAAACAAUUAGUAGCUUUAUUCCUAAUCUGAAAAAGCUUGUCAAUGCAUCUGAAGAGGAUGACCUUGUAAUUGUCGAGGAAAUCAAACCCAAGAUGAUCGAGAAUGUCAAUAUUGAUUGCACUUUUAAGGAGGCCCAACUCCAAAAUGGAGACAUUUUGACUGUUCAAAGAGUUCCACCAAAUUUCAAUAUGGAGCAAUUUGAAAUUCCAACAGCUAAAGAAUUUUAUGAAUAUUUGAGCAAUCGUGUCUCUGUUGAAAUUAGAAAGUUGGAGGAUCCCUCAAAGACUGUCAUGACAGUAGAGUUAUUGAAAAAUAUGGAAUAUCCGGAAGUAAGCCAAGCUUUGGGCCGUGUUCUACAAGUGGAUGGCCAACAUAUAAGACUCACCGGCCACAAUCCAUACAGUGGACACCCAUUAGAUCAACCUUUUAGAACUAAUGCCAACUCAACCUUAAAGGAUAUGAUUCAAAUUGCACAAACAGGAUCACCCUCCAAAAUUUUGUAUUAUGAGGUUUUGAAUGAACCAAUUCACGAUGUCGAAAACAAGAAGGAGUUGUUAGUCACUUGGAUGAAUACAAAGGGUCAAGAUGUUGAAAAGUUCAAAUUCCUUCUUUAUCCUGAACAAAAGAUGGGCGAACUUCGACAAAUGCUAGAAUCCAAGCUAUCUGAACGCAAAGAAAUGCAGAACUCUGUCAUUGUAUUGCUUGUCAUUUCAGGCUCCAAGAUUACCAAAUUGGUCAAUGACGAAGACCUUGUUAAAUCAGCCCCAUCUGGAAAAGGCGAAUAUCUCAGAGCUGAGGAAAUGUCUCUCGCUGAUUAUAACAUUUGGUUUGGACAAGACACCAACAUUGAUGACCAUCGUUUGUUGCAAGUUCAACACAUCUGUAAAGAGACAUCUGGUUAUCGUUUGUUUGGAAAUCCCAUGCUUCUUAUUGCUAGAAAAGAAGAAACACUGGGAGAUGUCAAAAAGAGACUUCAAGAGAAGUUACAAGUCAAAGAUAUUGAUUACAAGAGAUACAAGUUUGUGUUUAUUGUUAAUAUGAAAGUUACGGAUCCUCUCGAAGAUGUUGAUGACACACCUUUCUUUGAAUUGUAUGACAAGGAAAAGAGUUUCACUCAGGGCGACGUCGUUUUUGCAAUGGAACACAAGGACCCAACACCAAAAACAAGGUGGUACGAGAAACCCAUUGUCAUUAAGAAUUAA